AUGGCGGCUGCGGCUGUGGCGGCGGCGGCAGCGGCAGCGGCGGCAGCAUCUCUGCAGGUGCUGGAGAUGGAGAGCAUGGAGACAGCCGCCGCCGGCUCCGCGGGGCUAGCCGCCGAAGUCAGAGGUAGCGGCACGGUGGACUUCGGGCCUGGGCCUGGUUUGUCUGCAAUGGAGGCGAGCGGGGGCGACCCGGGCCCGGAGGCCGAGGAUUUCGAGUGCAGCUCUCACUGCUCGGAGCUGUCGUGGAGGCAGAACGAACAGCGGCGCCAGGGCCUCUUCUGCGACAUCACCUUGUGCUUCGGCGGUGCGGGGGGCCGAGAGUUCCGGGCCCACCGCUCGGUGCUGGCCGCCGCCACCGAGUACUUCACGCCCCUGCUCUCGGGUCAGUUCUCCGAGUCCCGCUCGGGUCGGGUGGAGAUGCGCAAGUGGAGUUCCGAGCCCGGGCCCGAACCCGACACGGUGGAAGCCGUUAUCGAAUACAUGUACACGGGGCGCAUCCGCGUCAGCACGGGCAGUGUGCACGAGGUGCUGGAGUUGGCCGACAGGUUCCUAUUAAUUCGUUUAAAAGAGUUUUGUGGAGAAUUUCUCAAGAAAAAGCUUCAUCUCUCUAAUUGUGUGGCCAUUCAUAGCUUAGCUCACAUGUAUACCCUAAGCCAGCUUGCUCUGAAAGCGGCGGAUAUGAUACGGAGAAACUUCCACAAAGUAAUUCAGGAUGAGGAAUUUUAUACUUUACCUUUCCACCUCAUCCGAGACUGGCUGUCAGACUUGGAGAUCACAGUUGAUUCCGAAGAGGUUCUAUUUGAGACAGUUUUGAAGUGGGUUCAGAGAAAUGCUGAAGAGAGAGAGAGAUACUUUGAAGAACUUUUUAAAUUGCUCAGAUUGUCCCAGAUGAAACCUACUUACCUUACUCGUCAUGUCAAACCAGAGAGGCUGGUGGCCAAUAAUGAAGUUUGCGUCAAGUUGGUGGCCGAUGCAGUGGAGAGGCACGCUCUGAGAGCUGAGAACAUACAGUCUGGCACAUUCCAGCAUCCUGCUUCUCAUGUCUCAUUAUUACCUCGCUAUGGGCAAAACAUGGACGUGAUCAUGGUUAUUGGAGGCGUGUCAGAAGGAGGGGACUAUUUAAGUGAAUGUGUGGGAUAUUUUGUCGAUGAGGACAGAUGGGUAAACCUACCCCAUAUCCAUAAUCACCUUGAUGGACAUGCCGUUGCAGUAACAGAAUCCUACGUGUACGUUGCUGGGUCAAUGGAACCAGGGUUCGCUAAAACUGUGGAAAGGUAUAAUCCAAAUUUGAAUACCUGGGAACACGUUUGUAGUCUGAUGACAAGGAAGCAUUCUUUUGGGCUAACAGAAGUCAAGGGGAAGCUCUACAGCAUUGGCGGACAUGGCAACUUCAGUCCCGGUUUUAAAGAUGUGACUGUUUAUAAUCCCGAGCUAGAUAAAUGGCACAACUUGGAAUCAGCACCAAAGAUUCUUCGGGAUGUGAAAGCGCUCGCCAUUGAAGACCGGUUUGUGUACAUUGCUGCCCGCACUCCUGUGGACCGGGACACUGAAGAUGGAUUAAAGGCUGUCAUUACUUGCUAUGACACGGAGACUCGACAGUGGCAAGAUGUGGAAUCUUUGCCGCUUAUUGACAAUUACUGCUUUUUCCAAAUGUCUGUGGUCAACUCAAACUUUUAUCAGACAGCCUCAUGCUGCCCCAAGAGUUAUUCUUUAGAAAACGAAGAGGCGAUACGAAAAAUCGCCAACCAGGUUUCCGAUGAGAUCCUUGAAAGUUUACCCCCGGAAGUCCUAAGCAUUGAAGGAGCGGCCAUCUGCUAUUACAGAGAUGACGUUUUCAUUAUUGGAGGCUGGAAAAACAGUGAUGAUAUUGACAAACAGUAUAGGAAAGAAGCCUACCGAUACUGUGCUGAGAGAAAGCGGUGGAUGCUUCUUCCUCCCAUGCCACAACCCCGUUGUCGAGCCACUGCCUGCCACGUGAGAAUCCCAUACCGGUACUUGCAUGGCACUCAGAGAUAUCCUAUGCCUCAAAACUUAAUGUGGCAGAAGGACAGGAUCAGACAGAUGCAAGAAAUACAUCGACAUGCCCUAAACAUGCGGCGAGUGCCAAGCUCUCAGAUAGAAUGCUAGGUUCUUUGAUGCAUGCUUA